CCAAAAAUGUGACAACUGUCGGACUCUCUUACUAAGCUCCUUGUCAUCCUUCUUUUUGACGGUUUUGUCGACCCACAUCAGGCCAAACAACAACCCAUGGGUCAUCCAAAAUGACAUUCAACGAUUUAACGACAACUCCUAACAUUGACAACAAAUCCGCUCAGUUGCAAUCACCUAGGCUCGGCUCACGAACGCCAUCGAGAAACAUCACGUAUAAACACCACCAGGCACUAAGCCUCAAGAAGGCCGUGCACCUUUACUCCGAUUCUCUUUCUUUCUUUUUUUUCCUUUUACCUAUCAACAACAAAUCUACUCAUUCGCAAUCACCUAAUCUCGGCUCACGAACGCCAUCGAGAAAUAUCACGUAUAGACACCUAAGCCUCAAGAGGGCCGCGCACCUUUACUCCUCCGGUUCUCCCCUUUUUACCUAUCCCCGAAAAAGCAGGGUUUCACCACUUGCAACCUCCCACGAAAAGCCUAGGCUUCCCCACUCCCCCACAUAUCACAGCCAACCUCGAGUAAGCCGCACUACGUACAACCUCCCCCCCAUGUACGUCACGUAACAGACAUCUCACCUCAUCAAUCCUCAAUCUCUGUCAUCCACCAACAUAAUAUUGAUCCCACCAAUCCCCUUCGCAUCAAUCCUCUCACAUG